UCCCACAGCUGCAGGAAGCUCCCUGAGAACUCUUUGCCUUGAGCUGCUGCUGGCAGGAGCAGGAGAGCCAUGGUCUCUCUUCAGCCUCCCUCUUCUCUUUAGGAGAAGAAGCUACAAGUAAGUCAAGAAAAUGGCUUUUGAAAGUCUGAUUAUUCCAUUUUUAAUGUUCCUCAGCAAAGCUACAACUGAAGAGCUGUGCCCCUUGCGUCGCUCCAUUGAUGUCCUCGAAGGGGAAUAUUUUUCCCUUUGCUUCCCUGGAUCAAUAAGAGAUCAUCUUCGCAGUAAAACAUACAAAGUGACCUGGUUGAAAGAAAGCGAAGGAAAGGUGAAUUUGAUCCAAAAAACACACAGACUUGUUUUAAAUGGGAGAUUUCUGGAAUUUUGGCCAGCUGAACUCAGUGAUGUGGGGAAUUACACAUACACAUUCAGCAAUGGAACAUACGUCACAUCACAAAAGUGGUUCCUCAAUGUACUCAAAAGAAGUAAAGACACUUGUUUUAACACAAAUCAUUUAUCCAGGCAAGUUAAAGAGGCUGGAAGAGCUCAUACAUUGAAAUGCAAUGCUGUGCCCCACAAUAAAAAUAUCACCAUAAUGUGGUACAAGAACUGUAACAUCCGUAACUCUGCAAAUGAGGAGGAACUGCAUUUUCCUAGUUUAACAAUUGAAGACUCUGGGAAUUACACAUGUGUUGUUUCAAUUAGUCAUGCUGGAAAGGCAUUCAACACCACAAGUGCAAUAGAGCUGAUGGUGAAAGAAGGUGCAGCUGAAGUUGUUAAACUGGAGAUAAUUGAACCUGGAGAAAUUUAUGUUGAAACACAAAUAGGUAAAGAGGUGAUACUCAACUGCACAGUUUUCUUGGGUUACUCGAAUGCUGCCAAGCCAGUAUACCUCCUGCACUGGAUAGACAAAAGUUUAAAUUCAUGUUCAGAGAACACUAAGGAGGAACAAUCAAUAUGUGAAAAGGAAUAUAAUUUUGAUUCAGGAAACAAGAAGUAUACCUCAAAACUAUUGUGGAUUAAAACAGUUAAAGAGGAGGACCUGAAUUGUAAUUAUACCUGCUUCUUGCAAACUACACAUAAGCCGCAAUUAAAAGUAUUUAAACUGAAGAAAGGGAACCCUCCAGAUCUCCACCCACAUGUAUUUACUACUGGAAUAAUCAUAGCUGUAUUCUUUUCCCUUGUUCCUGUGCUCCUGGUGGUUCUCUCUGUGAUAUUCAGAGUUGACUUAGUUUUAUUUUACAGAGACAUCACUGGAAAAGAUGACACAAUAGGAGAUGGAAAAGAAUAUGAUGCUUUUGUGUCUUAUCUGAAAGACUCCAUAUCUACCAAUGUAGAAGAGAGAAAAUUUGCUCUGGAGAUAUUGCCCAGGACAUUAGAAGACCAUUUUGGUUACAAAUUGUGUAUAUUUGAGCGGGAUGUGUCUCCUGGAGGAGCUUUUAUUGAUGAUGUCCAGUCAUUUAUAGACAAAAGCAGAAGAUUAAUCAUUAUACUGAGCCAGAACUACGCUUCUGACAGAGUCAUGUAUGAACUUGAGACUGGACUCCAUAAGGCACUGGUUGAAAGGAAGAUUAAAAUAAUAUUAAUUGAAUACAUGCGUAUAAGUGAUUAUAAUGUGUUGCCAAAAUCACUAGAGAUUCUACCAUCCAGGAGAGUUGUGAAGUGGAAAGAGGAUAAGUCUCUUCCUUUGAAUUCUAGAUUUUGGAAGAACCUUAGAUACCUGAUGCCAGUGAAAGCUUCCAAGUCAAACAUCAGAUGUCACAAUAAUUCUGUGAGCCCUAUCUCAGAAGAAGGAACCCAAGCGACAACUAUGUGUUGGGAGUCUAAAACAUUCUUAUAACCAAAAAUUGGAAAAGAAACAUGCUGCAGAAAUGAGCACAUGCUGUUACUUAGAAGAUAUUAAGUGCACGUGUUUUAGGGAAGCAACAUGGUCCAGUGAAUAGAGCAGCGGCUGGGACUUGAGAGAUGAGACAAAUCCUCAGCUUGUAUAAAUUGUCAUAGCUCAGAGAGCUAGGUUAACCCUGUCCCUCACCCUUGGGGCUCAGACAGUUUACACAAACUGAGGAACUUCCCCAAGGAAUCUAAUCUGACUCUGUCUUGGAUUCAUUGUGUGACAUGGGGCAGAUCAAAAACUUAGUCACAGUUUCUUCAUUUCUCAUAGAAAACAUUAAUUCUACUUGCACACUUUUUUGUAAAGCAAUUUGAGUCCUGUGAAUAGUCUAUAUUAGAAAUGUGAUUACUAUUGUUUGUUUAUGCUUUCUAUUGUGAUAGCAUGUAAGGACUCCAAUCAGGAUCAGAGCCGCAUUGUACUAGGCACAAUACAACCAUAUAACACACAGACAGUUUCUGACCCUAGGGAGCUCAACAUCUAGGAUUUGGACAAUAUAGCACAAGUAAAUAAAGUGACAAAUGGGAGGAGGGGAGUGAUGAGUUGGAAGAAGGGGAUGGGGAGGACAUGGUAAUAGUAGAAAUGUGGUGUAUCUGCAUAUAUCAAUCCUAAUAGUAGUCUCAAUAGUUAUAGGUGGUCACUGCCAUGACCAAUGUCAGAUUGUGGCUUUUUUAGGCAUCAUGGCAAUAUUUUAGUCCCUGGAUUAGUGGUGGUCAGCUCAGAGUACUCUAAAUAACUGUUUAGGUGAAGGGAGUGGGGAAUAAUGCUUUUUCCAGAGAGGCCAGUAGGAACGACUUGUAUCUGAGCUGCUUCCAGGCGAGGGGCCUGAGGCAGUAGAGUUGAGGAUCUAAGGUACAUAGAUAAACAGAGGGAAAAAUAAUUGCCAAUAUCUAAGAUACCAGCCUUGGUUCGCCAGUGCCUUGGCAUUGUGAGUAGUUAUUUACACCAAGUCAGACUGGUAGCAUUUUAUACAGAUUUUCACAGAUAUAAAUGGUGACGUAAGUGUGACAUUGCACUCCAUAAUUCUUUAUAGAAAUAUACUUAUGAGUGUAAAUAUGACAUAACUGGAAUAUCUUUUAACUAGAUAUGCCAUGUAACAUAUCUUUGAAAAGGUUAUGGUCUACUGAAUAUAUUCAUCCUGUUUGUAUGCAUGUAUCAUUUUUAUAUCUGAAGUUAUGAGCAUUGGCUCUAUGCUUGUAUUUAAAGUGUUUUGCUGUAGGAAGAACAUAAGGCAGAUUUGGUCAACAUAGUGUGAAGGGGUUAUUCAAGUAAUUGUGAGUACUUAACUAGCAAUGGACUUUGGGAGACCCCAGUCCACAUCUGAGCUUUCCUGGGAACAUUCAAACUAACAUGUAAACAAUGGUACCUGCCUGCGAAAAGCUGAAUCAUUCAUAGACAUGUGACUUGUCCAGGUGGCUAGAGACUCAUCUUGUGGCUGUGAUGUUGCAUGAGAGAGAAUAUAAAAGGCCCUGAAAACCCCUCCAUUUUGUCUUCAGCUGGCUCAAAAGAUAGCCUCUCCACCCCAAAGAGAUGCCUAAAGGAAACUGGAACAAAGGACAGUAACUACUGGGGUGUGAAUAAUUGCUGGACCCAGACUAGGAAGGAGUCUAGUCUGUGAAAGAAGCUUAUUGGAACAUCUCUGAGGGUAAAAUUUACUUGCAUUUAGUUCCCUACUGUAUUAAGAUUAGACUUUCGUGGUGGUGUUUUAUUUUGCUUGGUAAUUUACUUUGUUCUGUCUGUUACUACUUGGAACCAC